AUGCCAAGAACUGAAGCUGAAUGUGUUGGCGCUUUGGACUGCACUCACGUAAAAAUUCAGUCGCCUGGGGGGAUAGAUGCUGAAAGUUACAGAAACAGAAAAGGAUUUUUUUCAUAUAAUGUUCAGGCCAUUUGCAGCUCUGAUCUCAAAUUUCAGGACAUAGUGUGUCGAUGGCCAGGCUCUGCCCAUGUUUCCAACAUAUUUAGGAAUAGCAGAGUCAGAAAUGACUUUGAAAAUGGAGUGUAUGGUGACAACUUACUUGUAGCUGAUAGUUGUUAUGCAAUAAAACCAUACGUUAUAACACCUCUAUUAAAUCCUCAUACACGAGCAGAACAUCUAUUUAAUGAGGCACAAAUACGAACAAGGAAUCCUAUUGAGAGAUCGUUUGGAGUUUUAAAAAGGCAACAAAUACUUUCUUUAGGAAUACGCUUGAAGCAGGAAAAGGUAGAGGCUGUUGUUAUGUCUACAGUGGUCCUUCACAAUAUAGCAUUAUCAAUGGGAGAUGUGGAGCCUCCAGAAAUCAAUGAAGAAAUUGCAGCUGCAAUAGAACUGACAAAUAAUGUCAAUAAUGACAUGGUUGGACAUGUACAAAGAGGAAUCAACAAUAGUGUUCGUUACACAUUAAUAAAUACCUACUUUCAAAAUUUGUUGUAG